GUGUGUGGCGGUCACAGCAAUUCAAGCGCUAAUGGCAGUUGCUCAGACAGUCAAUGUGGUGCCGGUUGCCAUGACGAUCGGGGCGUGCGUGUAUGUGGAGGAGAGGGAUGCAACGGGACGGUGAGUGCUUCUGUCGCAGCUCUGAAUCUCACCAGGAACACCACGGAGAGUCUGAACACCGCCAACGAGGAGCUGCAGAGCGUCGCCAGAAAGCUCCAGGAUAUCGCUACCCUGACAAAGGAUGUAAAGAACCAGGCGAUGAACACGCUGGAGAAAGCACAGAAGAAGAAGGAGCACUUUGAAAACAACAACAAGAAGCUGAAAGAUUUCAUCAAGAAGAUCAGAGACUUCCUCACUGAGGAGGGUGCGGACCCGGAGAGCAUAGAGAAGGUGGCUCUGCAGGUGCUGUCCAUCACGCUGCCCGUCAACAGGACAGCUCUGGACAGGAUGGUCCAGCAGAUCAAGGGCGGCCUCUCCAACCUCACCAACAUCGAGGGCAUCGUCAACCAAACCUCACAGCACAUCAAGGAAGCCAAGGAGCUGCUCCAGAAAGCUAAGGAUGCUAAGAGCCUGGCGGAGGGAGUGAAGGAUAAAGCCAACAACACCAAACAGGCUCUGGAUGUGUCUGAGAAGGCCAUAGAGAAGGCCCGAGCCACCAUGAAGGAGGCCAGCAGCAACCUGAACCGCACCAGGAACGCUACAGCUGAGGUGGAUGAGAGGCUGACGCGGCUGGAGGAUAAGCAGAUGGAUGUGAUGAUGCGCCUCAACAACCUCUCCAUGGAAGUGGAGGCUCUGAGGAACAAGACGGAGCAGAACAGGCUGGUGGCAAAGAGAGCUAAAGAGCUGGCUAAGAACGCCACGCAUCAAGCCUCCUCCCUGGAGAGGAGCCUGAACGACACAGAGCAGCGGUACCAGGAGCUGCAGAUGAAGGUGGACUCUCUUGGAGAUGUUGGAGGUCUGAACAACGUCAACCAGAAGGCCAAGGAAAUAAAGAAGGAGGCAGAAGACCUGCUAAACAAAGCCACCAAGGGGAUAGAGCAACUCAGGAAACUGGAGAAAAAGUUCAAGAGUAACGAGCAGCGGAUGCAGAGGCAGCGCACGGAGCUGGACGAGCUGAAAGAAAACGCCACAGUGGUGCGAGACGAGAUCCGGGUCCAGGUGCAGAAGUACAGUAACUGUGCGUGAGGAUGUUACACUCACCGACCUGCUGCUGUAGCGCAGAGCAGACCUCUGACUGAUGCUGUGACUUGGACACACAACCAUGAAAAUAAAACGCUGCUCUGGUACCUCCAUUCCUUUACUACUAUAUCAAGUUUUACACAUUACCUGUCAAGUGUUAUAUAUCACAGAAUGCCUUCACCUGUCUACAUACUGUACCACUAACUGACUAAAUAUCAACCCUGUAAUGUAUGCGAUGUCUUUAAGCUAUUAUCACAACAGGUGGAUGACCUGUGGAGAGUAUGAUAAUUGAUUCCAUGAGUAAUAAACAGAAGAAAUAUAUCAGAAUUUUGUUAUUUUGACCAAAAGUGCUUUCUAUGUUUUUGCUGUAAUUUGACCUCAUUUGUAUGGUAUUUACAAUAUGACAUUCCUAUAAAGAAAUACGCGGAAAAGUACGAUUUAAAAAAAAUGAAAUAUGUUUAUUUUUAUUACAAAGGAAACUCUUGAUUAAAUGCAAACAUAAAUGUUCUUAUGAGCAAAAUUCAUUAUGAGGUAUGAUGAUGGAGACAAAUAAAUUUGAUACCGUUUAUGCAAAUGCA